AUGACUUCAACAAAGGAAAUAGAAGAAAGAAGAUCUUCAUUCAUUGAUCCAAAUUCGAGGACAUUAUAUCCUAUUUCUUCUCUCCGUCAUCACUAUUCUACUGAUUCGAGUCAUAAUAAUCACAUUCAUUCUUCUAGUAGUCCACAACGAGAGUCAUCAAGUGAUCCAAUUCUACAUACUACUGCUAUUACAAAUAACUUACUUCGGACCUCCUUAUUAAAUAAUAAUAAUUCAUUACCUUCAUCCAGAAGAUCUUCUAUAGUAACUACGCCAGAGAAUAUGAAUGCAUCAUUACCUAGUCCUAUUCCACUGAAUUCUUCUUCUUGGAGAAGGGAGUCUUUACCCUCCAUUAGUAAAAGGGAUCAUCAUCUUCAUCAUCAUCAUCAUAGUGCACCUUCAUCAAGAAGGGGUAGUGAACAACAUCAUUCGACACCCUAUAGUCGUUCACCUGAACUACGUGUCAGUCAUAAAUUAGCAGAACGUAAAAGACGAAAAGAAAUGAAAGAUUUAUUUGAUGAUUUAAGAGAUUUACUGCCGUUAGAUAAAGGUUUAAAAACUAGCAAAUGGGAAAUACUAAGUAAAGCUUUAGAAUAUAUACAUAUUCUACAUCAAAGAGAGUCGAUGAUGGAAAAGGAAAAGACGGAACUAUUAAAUGAAUUAAAUGCCUUAAAGCGAUAA